UUCUGUGCAGAUGGGGAGUAUAACUCCAUGGCAACGGCCUUCUUCAACACUCCUGAGAGAAGUGUGCGCAGUCUCUUCCACAACCAGCCAGGAACCUACAACCCAUUGACCCUGGGUUUGUUCACCCUGACUUAUUUCUUCCUGGCGUGUUGGACGUACGGCCUGGCGGUGUCCGCUGGAGUCUUCAUCCCAUCUCUGCUAAUAGGAGCAGCCUGGGGAAGACUGUGUGGGAUACUGUUGGCCUCCAUCACAUCUACUGGCUCGAUCUGGGCAGACCCUGGUAAAUAUGCCCUGAUUGGAGCUGCAGCUCAGUUAGGUGGCAUUGUGAGGAUGACUCUCAGUUUGACUGUCAUCAUGGUGGAGGCUACAGGAAAUGUCACAUAUGGUCUUCCUAUCAUGCUCGUCCUCAUGACUGCCAAGAUAGUGGGAGACUAUUUUGUGGAGGGUCUGUAUGAUAUCCACAUCAAGCUGCAGAGUGUUCCCUUCCUGCACUGGGAGGCUCCUGCCACCUCCCACUGGUUGACCGCCAGAGAGGUGAUGAGUUCUCCAGUCACCUGUUUGAACAGGAUAGAGAAGGUGGGAACCAUCGUGGACACCCUUAGCAACACGUCCACCAAUCACAACGGCUUCCCAGUCGUCGUGCAGGUCACUGCUGGUGAUGAGCCAGCGAAGCUCUGCGGCCUCAUCCUCCGCUCUCAGCUCAUCGUUCUCCUCAAGCACAAGGUGUUUGUGGAGUUGGCCCGGUCCCGGCUGACGCAGAGGAAGCUCCAGCUGAAGGACUUCAGGGACGCCUAUCCCCGCUUCCCCCCGAUCCAGAGCAUUCACGUCUCCCAGGACGAGAGGGAGUGUAUGAUGGACCUCACGGAGUUCAUGAACGCAACGCCUUACACUGUACCACAGGAAACAUCUCUGCCUCGUGUGUUUAAGCUGUUCAGAGCGCUGGGCCUCAGACACCUGGUCGUGGUGGAUGAUGAAAACAGGGUGAUUGGACUUGUGACCAGAAAAGACUUGGCCAGAUAUCACAUGGGCAAACAUGGACUGGAAGAACUUCAGCUGGCCCAGACAUAGUACACUUACACACACACUCACACUCUUACACUCUUACACACUUGAACUAUGACCACCUGAUGCCUCAUAAGCUCUAUGCAGGACACCAUCGAGGGCCAAGAGGUCUCCCUUAUUCUUUGAUGCCAAAAUGGUCACCGUGACGACACAAGGAAACCCCCAUAUACAGGUCUGUUGGGUUAUUAACGAAAGACACUUUUAAUGUAAAACUGCUCCUGGUGUAAAACAUUUGAAGAAAAAAACAGCUCCCCCUGAUCUUUGUGAAAUGUUUUAUCUUGAAAGGAUUCUUGAACUUCCUUUUCUUUCGGUCGUAUAGAAAGUAAUGUAUAAUGAACAGAAAAGAAAAAAUGCCUUAUUGGAGGAUUUUUCCUGCGCUUUACACUUUCACAGACCUCACCCCCAGACACUUAAUGUACGGGUCAACAAAGCCAGAACAACAGGAGAUUUUCAAAAUAAAAUUAAACAGUCACUGCCAGCUUGAGGAGAGGAAGUCCCAGUGAGAAGAACUGAUUUGAUCUGUGUUGGCUGGUACACGGAAAACCCGCUGCUUUUUAUUCGCAAAAACAUUAUAACAUUCAGUAUGUCACUGUCUGUUCUAAAGCCCUGUUUGCACGGGACUGGUAUUACGGGCUGUCUUCGGGAUUUAGAAAUUAACUCCCACAUCUGCACAUCUGGGUUUUGUGUAGAGUUGUUCCUUUACCAAUAUCGGAAAUGCCUUCGAUGUUGCUUACAAUGCUGGCUCUGGUAUUGGCGAGUAGGGAUGAGCGAGUUCACCAUUAUGUGUAUCUGUUCAACCAACUAAUUGGUAUCUGUAUCUGUACUCGGAAAUGGUGGGAUUUAACCAGAAGUGGGUGUGGCUAAAACUGGAAAUGGGUGGGACUGAACCAGAAGUUGCUAUUGAAGCCUGAAAUUGAUCAGAAGUUGCUGUAUUAAUUAUUUAUCAGAAAACUAUUUACAGAAUCAUCUCAGGAUUGAGCUUUAUUGACGAUUUUCCUUCAUUGCAGAUAUUGACACAUUUUACUCGGUUGAUACUCAUAAAAAAGUGUAUUAUCUGUACCGAAUACGCUAUUUAUCCGAGAACUCAGCUCAACCCAAUCAGCAAGUACACAAGUUUAUGCAUCGAUCCGAUACAGGGUGAUUUAAUAAGGAACUUGUAUAAGCAGCAGUUUUCGUGGAAAUCAGUUCUCUUCGCGGUUCCAAAACAGUAGCCUAAACAGCAAGAUGCACUGUUCAGCCGCUGGCAACUAUGAUGCAAUGAAGAUGAAUUGAUUUCCAGUGAAUAGUUUAACGUUGACUUCACAAUGUCAGCAACUUGGCAAUAUUUUACACUGGAAAGUCCCACUAGUUUUAGGGUUUAACCUGAGCCGUACCAUACAACAAUGCCAGCAAUAAUUUUGCAUCCAUACAGGGUUAGUAGUGGUACUUGUUACUGACCAAUACAGUGUCAAGUAUCAGAAUUUGUAAUGGGAAAAAAAAAAGGUGUAGCUUUGUGAGGCAUAUUCACACGGUAUAAGCGAAAUACUGUAGGUAUUUUACUCAAGUUUACUAGCAUUAUUCCCCAAAUAUGAUGAGCAUGCUCAUUUGCAACUCCACUUAGCACAACAAACACUACACACACCGCUAGCAGUGAUUUACAGCAUUUCCUCCUUCAUUCAUUUCUUUUUUAAAUGUGGGUUACAAAAACAGAACCGAUUCUGCCACCUCCUGCUCCUGAAUACUGUCACAGCUUUCAUUUUGAAUCACACAGUCUACAUAACUUUACAUAAAAAGAGGCAGAAACGAGGCGCGGAGGAAACAAAAACCCAAGAUGUGACCCCAGCGGGACUUAUUUUAUCACAUGACCUCUGUGUUUGGAGAAAUAACUUGGUAAUUUGCAGAAGAUUUUUUACUUGACAAAUCAAUUAACACAAAUUACUAGAAAAUAUUUCAGUGACCUGAAAACAGGAAGUUACACAAUACAGUAACAACCAUAAACAGGAACCACAACCUUUAGACAUUUAAAUAGAUGUGGCAGGUUAUGACAGAUUCAAGUUAGCAGUGUGUCAUGAGUAUACAACAGUGGUUCCCACCUGGUCCAGCCAUGAGGUCCAGAUUUCUCCUUAGUCAUUAGUUCAAGGUCCACACAGUUUAAUAUAUUUCAGCAUCAUAUUUGUGUUUGGCGAUGUCGUCAAGCUGGUUUGCUGUCUCUGUCAAGUAGCUGUCAGUCACUCACUCAUUCUACAGGUGGACAUGGCACUUCAGAAUAAAAGCUCUGUGCCGGAAAUUCACUGUACUUAAAAAUAAAGUGUGUUUUUUUUGUUUUGUUUUUUUUGUUUGUUUUUUUUACAAACUUGACAUGUUUGCGGGUCACUUGUGGUCCAUUCAGAAUGGACCCACGACCCACUUUUGGACAAAAACCUGUGAAUCCCGUGCAAAUAGGGCUUGAUCAUGUCUCCUCAACAUCCUGUAGACGGUCUGCAGUGAUACAUUAUAGUCAUUGAUGAAUGACAUGUUUUCAGAUAAUUCAGAUGGAUGAUUUUUACGUCUCAUUAUUGAACGUAAUGAGACAUUUACGCUGGUUUGCUUUGAAAACCUGAUUUUAAGCGAGUGCUCAUAUUCAAGAGUCGGUUUGUGACGUCACUGACCCUGUGAGGUCGUCUUUGUUGGUGCCAAAAUAGUUUAUAUUUUCCAAUUUUUGUGUAGUUUUGCACUGAGCGAAUGCUGUUAUUUAUUGUUAGUGUUUGAUAUUUUAAGUGUCUGGUUUGGGCUCAUGUGGGGUCAGUUUGGAUUUGAGAUGCUUUCACGAGUGUGCUUUGAAGAAGGGUUAUUACAUGAAGAUACACAUCCUUCCUUCCCUCUUCUGUCAGCUUUACCGAGUAUAUAUAUAUUUGUACUACUGUCAGUGAAAAUGGACUAAUGCUCACAGGUACAUCCUUUCUAACACCUCCAGACGUCUGCACUUUGCCUACUACUGAAAACAAAGUCCCCUUUUGUUGAGAAAUACACACAAGUGUCCCUCAUGAAACUCUAUAUGAAUGUAAACCGUUGUUUACCACAAAGCCUCUGUUCAAACUAAUCAAGUUAAUCCUACGUUACUCGAGUCAGCACACACAACACAGAUUUAUAGUUAUUUAAUUUUUGAAUUUGUAAAUCUAACAUUUCUUCAAUGAUCAGUGUUAUUUCUUUCUCUCUGUGCACGUCAGAGGUUUUACUCUUUGAUUUUGUCUCAUUUGUGGUCUUUGUUCUGUUGUACUGUUCUAGAUGUUUAAAUAUAGACUAAGCUCUAUUUUAUAACCACUGGAUGAACCUUUUUGUGAAUGAAUAAAGUUGAAAUUUAUCUAUUGUUA